AUGUACAAGCCAGUACGCCAGGAACGAAGCAACAAAUGUUUCGUCUUCUUUUUCACAUUCUUUGUUAUCUGUUGUGCAGUUUUACUAGUCGCUGCAUUGAUAUUCCGAUUGAGGAAUCCAGAGGUAAAGUUAACUUCAACUACAUUGAAUCAAAUUACCUAUAACGUUACUUCACCGUCGCGUUCAUUCAACGCAACAAUUCUCAUAUAUUUCAGUAUCUGGAACCCUAAUUUCGGUGGAAUAUUCAGUUACGAGAAUAGCGAUGUGAAAUUGCUAUAUGCAGGUGUUAAAGUUGGUUAUAUGAAAAUUCCUGAUGCUAGAGUGAAAGAAAGAAGAACCAAACAUACGGAUGUUAUGAUGAAUGUGAAGUUUCCUGAGUUAAUUCUUGAUGAGAAUGGGAAUUUUACUAGGCGUGUUUAUUCAGGGACGUUGAAUCUUACGGGUUAUGUGAAAUUUAGUGGGAUUGUUCAAAUUCAGUGGUUGAAGAUUGUUCACAAGAAAGAGACAAUAGAAUUGGUUUGCAAUUUGAGGAUCAUAUUGACAUCAAGGGCAAUUCAGGGAAUUCAGUGCCAAUAA